UGAGAUUUGCAGUCACAGAAAGCUUCAAACGAACCCAUUCUCUUCCUACUUAUAUCCUUCAUUAGUUGAUUUCUCUCUUUUCAUAGCUUCCUCGUACACAAAGCCACAAAGCUGAUCAUGUCCGCCAUUGGUUUGCUCUUAAUACUUCUUUUAUGUCCUCGAAUGCAUGCAUCUAAUGCUCGUCUUCUUAAAGCCGAGGCCGGUGGGAGAGAGAGCACUCAUUCUUUUAGCAAGGUAGCAGAAAAAGUUAAAGUGAUGAUCCACAUCGAAACAUAUCGGAAAGGAGUAACAAAAGUAAACGAGAAGUAUCGCAAGUCAUCAAGUACUGAAGACAUCGUCACUCAAGAAGUCCUGAACCACAUGGCCAUGGAAGUGAAGCAUGGAAAGAGAACGGUUUCAGGCACCAUCCCGACGACAUUAGGACACCGUUUCAGUACUUCUCCUGGUCUCUUCUCCGAUUAUUCCCGACCCAAGAUGCGACCUCCUUCUCACAAUUGAUUAGUUGACGGUUUUUGCUCCGCUAAUCGCACUACCAAAGUUGCACUGUAGUUUAGAAGCUACAUUAACCUUCACUAAUCUGAAAAUAUAAUUUUUAGGUAGGUCUUUUGUCC